CUUAGGUUUCACUUUUGCAGCCAUGUGAGUGUGGUUUGUGGAAACGAAACCCAGCGUUAACGCGGUUACACCGUCCGGAUUUAAGCAGCUGGCAGUAAAGUAGUCGCCGCGCGUUCGUCGGAGCGCCGAGCAGGAGAGAAGCUUGGUGAAAGAGGAGGAUGGAUGGAGUCAGCUGGAGCACAAGGGCCCCGGAGUCGUUCAGCCGGUCCAGGACGGCAGCAGACACCCUGUCCAGGCUCGCCACCUUCAUAGCACACGCUGAGACCAAACAGCACACACGAAACCAGAGACAGCGGCCUUCCCACCUGCUCACAAACGUUUGUCCAGAGUGUGGAAAGGGCUUCAUGUAUGCAACAGAUCUGUUGCACCACCAGGAGUUAAAACACACGUUACCCAAACCUCACCGGUGUUCUUCCUGUGGGCAGGAGUUCUCCCUGAGGUCGUCCUUACAGCUACACAAGUGCGAUCGUGAUUCCUCCCCGUGUGAACUUUGCCAUGGAGAGUCACAGCUUGGCUCUCCGUGCCCUGCAUGUACGACUCGGACCUCCGAUCCCAGCAGGCCACAGGAGAAAUCACUUCACCGUCAGCCGCACCUCCUGGACAGUAGCCCUUACGCUUGUGCCCCGUGUGGCAGAGGUUUCAGCCAGAAGCAGGCUCUGCUGCACCAUCAGCAGGCCGGUUGUAGUGAACCACCAUCCCCGUCAGAUAUAAUCGAUGCCAAGAGCCUUCCAGAUGACUCUCCUCCAGUUUCUGAGGGAGACUCAACCCGCUCUGAUUCUUCAGACACCCCGGGUCCCAGCAGCAGAGCUGUCAGUGUGUGCCAGUAUUGUUCGAGAACCUUCCGCACAGAGGCUGGACUGCAACGCCAUAAACAGACCAACCAUGCUAAGGAGCGGCUAAUGGCUCCACAGGGACAAAAGACCAAAGGAGAAUGUACUGGUGGAGAAACAAGGAAAGGAGUGAAUACCAAUGUGAAUGGAGAUCCAAAUGUAAGGCCUAAAUCCAAAAAGAAGCUUCUGAACUGUCGAUCUUGUGACAUGGUUUUCAGAAGCACCUCUAAGCUCUAUGUGCACAGAAAAGAGAAGCACAGCAGAGAGAAAAAUAUUAGGAGAGAACCAAGGCCAGUCAUCAGCAAGCGCAAGAGUGGAGACACGUUUCCAUGUCAGGUCUGUGGCAAAGUUUUCUUCCAUCACCUCUCACUUAGGGCACAUUACAGACGGCACACGGCCUCAAGCUUCAACACAGUCAGAAACAAGAGCCAGUCUGUAGGAUGCACCACCAAAGACUCCAAGUUAUCAGAAAAUAGACCAAAUAAAACAAAAACCAGCGUAGCAGAUAACAAGACUAUUAGGGCUGGUCCAGGGAGGCCCAGGAAAGUGGCCAGAUUAGAGACCAAGGUGAGCGAUCUCAGAAGCAAGGAAGUGCCUAAAGUGGAGGAGGAAGGGGUGGAGGAGGAGGAGGAGGAGAGAGAGUUCCCCUGCCCCUCCUGUCCAGAGGUUUUCUCUGUGCAGUCACAGCUGAGGGAGCAUGUGGAGCUCCACCAGUCCUCCAUGAAGAGGAGACAGUGCAGUGUGUGCACCAAUGAGAUGGACACGUGUAAAUGGCCUGGCUCAAAGAGGCAGAGGCUGUACCACUGUGUGCCCUGUCAGCAGGGCUUCUCAGCACUGGACUCUUUCCUGGAACACUGUCAGGAGCACCUGCGAGUCAGGGUGGAGGAGGACAGCAUCACAGAGAGCUACACACAGCAGGCCAGCAAAGCCUGAGGUUCGGUUUGAAUGUCAUCAGCGAUUGCCUUGAAGUGUUAGAGAGCGGAGAGCGACGAAGUCUGUGAAAUUCUCGUUGAUUAAGCGGUUCAUUCACUGAGCAUUGAGAACUUUUAUAUCUACGCUGUUGGUUUAAUUAGUUUGAUGGAAUUUAUCCUGACCAACAUGACAAGGGUUAACGGCAAGGGAUUGUUAAAGGACCAUACCAGAGUUUUUGCAUGUUUUAUUUGAGUAUAAAUCACAGAUACUUGACUGCCAGUUAUUUUCUAAACCAUACCACCAUUUUUUUUCUUCAUUCUUUAACUGUACAGCAUGGAAAUCAUUUUGCCUGAGAUCCAUCACAGUGACCAUUUAGUUAGUAAACUAGAAAGCUGAACAUUGUGGUGUGUUAAUGUGCUGCUUAUGGGACAGUCCACCAUCUAAGAUUUGAAACACAUUAGAUAUUUUUCCAUAUGAACCCUGGACCAUGUCUGGAGAAUCAGGUCUGGACACUGUCCCGAGUUUCACACAUACAGCACACAAUUGGAGAACACACCUACUGGAAAUACUCUGGUUUAGGAAAGGUUUGAGUGCAUGUGUGAAAGCAGCUUUACAGAGCAGGGAUGCAUUCACAGGUCAUGUU